CUGUGGAUGAUGAGAGCCUAAUUGCCGUCCCUGCAUCAGCAGCGACUAGGAAGCAUCCUGGGAAUUGCUUGCCCUACGCUUGGAGCAGCUGAUCACAUGAGCCUGAAUUUUCAGUUCAGUUCAUUAGUCAGCCAUUUUGGUCAACACCCUGCUUACUGCGCACAACCAAUCCUAUCCGCACUCGCUGUCCUGGCUUAUCUGGGAAGAAAGGCACCAGCAGUUUGAUUUCAGCAAACCUGGAUAUCUGUCUCUACAUUCUUCCUUUGUUUUUGCUUGGCUGAGUCAUCAUGUCUGCUCUGACGCCUCAAAGCGACAUGCCAACCCCCACCACAGACAAGAUCACUCAGGCUGCCAUGGAGACCAUCUAUCUUUGCAAAUUCCGAGUGUCGAUGGAUGGAGAAUGGCUCUGCUUGCGCGAGCUGGACGACAUCUCGCUGACACCCGACCCAGAGCCUACCCACGAAGACUCUUGGGAGGAUUUGACAGAUGUGGUGGAGCAAUUGCGUGAUGAUACUGAAGAUCCUAAUUAUCUCAUGGCUAAUGAACGCAUGAACCUGAUGAACAUGGCAAAAUUGAGCAUCAAGGGGUUGAUUGAAUCGGCGCUUAAUCUGGGCAGGACGCUGGACUCUGACUAUGCACCUCUUCAGCAGUUCUUCGUUGUGAUGGAACAUUGCCUUAAACAUGGCUUGAAAGCCAAAAAGACUUUUCUUGGGCAAAAUAAGUCAUUCUGGGGACCUCUAGAACUAGUAGAGAAACUUGUUCCUGAGGCUGCAGAGAUUACAGCAAGUGUUAAGGAUCUCCCAGGACUGAAGACACCUGUGGGUAGAGGAAGAGCUUGGCUUCGCCUGGCUCUAAUGCAGAAGAAACUUUCAGAAUACAUGAAAGCCUUGAUUAACAGAAAGGAUCUUCUCAGUGAAUUUUAUGAGCCUAAUGCACUGAUGAUGGAAGAAGAAGGUGCCAUCAUUGCUGGCCUCCUAGUAGGUUUGAAUGUCAUCGAUGCGAACUUCUGCAUGAAGGGAGAAGACCUGGACUCACAGGUUGGAGUUAUUGAUUUCUCAAUGUAUUUGAAAGAUGGGAACAGCACAAAAGGCAGUGAAGGAGAUGGUCAGAUAACUGCUAUUUUGGACCAGAAGAACUAUGUAGAAGAACUCAAUAGACAUUUAAGUGCUACAGUAAACAACUUACAGGCCAAGGUGGAUGCCUUAGAAAAAUCCAACACUAAACUAACCGAGGAGCUUGCGGUUGCAAACAACAGGAUUAUUACACUGCAAGAAGAGAUGGAACGUGUUAAAGAAGAAAGUUCUUACAUCUUGGAGUCCAGUCGUAAGGUCACUAAAGACAGAACUGCUGAUGGACAUGCGCUGACUGAAGCACGGAAGCAGUUAAAGGAGGAGACUCAGCUGCGGCUGGAUGUGGAGAAAGAGCUGGAGGCGCAGAUCGGGAUGCGACAGGAGAUGGAGCUAGCCAUGAAGAUGCUAGAGAAAGAUGUUUGCGAGAAGCAAGAUGCGUUGGUGGCACUCAGACAGCAACUGGAUGAUCUCAGGGCCCUAAAGCAUGAACUCUCUUUCAAGCUGCAGAGUUCAGACAUGGGAGUGAAACAGAAGAGUGAAUUAAACAGCCGUUUGGAAGAAAAAACAAAUCAGAUGGCUGCCACCAUCAAACAGCUUGAACAAAGAUUGCGACAGGCAGAGAAGGACCGUCAGUUGGCUCAGCAGGACAACCGGCUCUUCAAGCAGGAGUUUGGGGACAAAAUCAACAGCCUCCAGCUAGAAGUGGAAGAGCUCUCCAGGCAGCGGAGCCAUCUUGAACUAGAACUGAAGCGGGAAAGAGACAGAUGGUCACACAGUCACCAACGCAGCCAAGACAACAAAAAAGGCACAAAGAAUUGGCUAAGACAGGAUGGGAAGCUCAGAAUCCAGGAAGAAAAUGCUAAACUGAAACAGCCACUAAGAGAGGAGAACAGUGUCCUGCCACACAAGUUACUGAGCAGCACGCAGGAGGAGCAGGAACAGCUGUCAGGACCUGAAAAUGCCGAGAUCUGCCAGCUCUGCCAGGAAGAAAGCAGCCGGAGCAAAAAAAAGAAUAUCUGCAAGAACUGCGGUGGCACCUUCUGUGAAGCCUGUUCAGUGAAUGAGCUGCCCCUCCCGUCUAGCAUUAACCCCGAGCGCGUCUGCAAUCCCUGUCACAAGCGGCUCAUCCAGCAGUAUUCCAGCAGUCCCUUGUAGGGGACAGGCUGCAGAGAGACGUGACAAAACACGAUGACGUUGGUUUCUGGGGUUGUUCAGGGGGAAUGUGAAGACGCGACGCUCACCUGCAUUCUUUGGAGGGCGGAGGGGAAGCAGCUUCGUGGCGUUCACCGUCUCUUGUGACUAAACAACAGCCUGAGCCUUCCCUGUCCAGCAACCUGCCUGCUCCCAGACCUCAGCCAGUGCUGGGGAGAACCGCCUGGGGAAUGUCAUGUGGAGCAGCCCCAGGGUGCGCCCGAGCAGCCUCAGGGCGCAGCGAGAGCAGAGAGCCCCUGCCCCCCAAAAGAGAGCUCUGUGUGUGUGUGUGUGUGUGCACCUGUGUCUGUGCCUGCGAGUCGGGCAAUGCUCGUGUUCAGGCGUGUGCUGUGGAAGUGCUGCUGCUAAGCCAAGGCUCACUGAACGCAGAAGAGGAGCGGGUUUGAUCCUCAUGUCUGGCUGCACUUGGAAUUUCGCCUUUCCCGUUGCCUUUGACAAUCUGGCUCAACUGUGCUCCAUCAGUGCCAGGGGUAAGGAGGCCAGGUAAGAUGCCCAUAAACACUUUCUAGCUUCAUUUCUUUGGCACAGCCCUCUGGCCAAGGGCUUGCCAUGCAAAUCAGUAUGGAAAAAUCAUACAAAGCUGUGAAAGUUCUCCUUCUGUAUUUUAGGGGGUGGGGGGUGUAGGUGUUUUUGAGGUGUGCAUGAUGCGAGAACUAGGACCUGCACUGAUCUGGCACGGAAGUGCCUUAUGGCAUCUCUGACCUUCCUCUCGGAGACCCUCACUGUGACUUCAUGAUUACACAAGGGUGGCCAGAGCCGAGGGUGCAGCUGUACCUUCUGCUCUUGGUGCGGCACCUGGAAGGAUUGGAUCCCCAAGUAUUUAGAUACCCAGUUGUCAUCAUGACACCAAAGGUUUAGAGCCACUUUGAUCUGCCUCUUCCCCCGUGUGCAUGUGAAAAAGUCAUAAAACAGGUGUUUCACUUUUAUUAGCUCAGAAUGAAGGGGAGAUGAAAUCGGAGUGUUUCUCACCUGGUAGAAAUUCUAAUUUGAAACACAGUUUAAAGAGGUUUCGGACUUUGUGCUACAUCAUUCUUUGUUGCUAUUACCUCAAGGAAUUUUAUGUCGCUCCAAAAAGCGGUGGUGGUUCCUCACGAAGCACCUAGCAUGUCAAAGUUGUGUUUGGUCCGUCUUAUACUGGAAGCCUACUUCAGUCUUGAAGACCACAGAAUGUUCUGUAGCCCAUAGAAAACAGAUGUAUUUACAUGUGACAAAUGCAUUUGGUUUUGUACAGAUUUGAUUAGGGGUUAGUGGUUUCAUGCCCCGGAGGGGUUUUUCUGUUCGUUAGACUGUCUGGAACCGCAUUAAAAAGCGUGUCAGAGCUGAGCUUAUUUACGUGGUUGGUGCUAGUUUGUACCAGGAAUUAUUUUUCUAGUUCCCUGUAGGCAUUGGUGUGUUCAGCCACCCAAGUUCUCCAACUCCCCUUGGUACCCUUCAGAGCCAGAGCACUUCGCAGGGGGAGCAACUUUAAGUAGUUUUUCUGUGGUUUGUUUGUUGGGUUUUUUCCCCCUUGUGGUAGUGACAUUUCCUUGCUGCUAUCCCUUAAAGUAGAUUAGUGGCUGUAAACAGUGUUGAAGUACAAGCCUAGAAUUCAAGUGUGGGCACACUGCUUUGACGGGGUGAGACACCAGAGAUGAACAGAGAAGACACAGAAUUUAGUGGAAAUCUUUUUGUGUACGUACUGUACACAGCUACGGGAUUUCAGGUUCCUCCAUCCAAGCCCAGCGUGACUCAUGCGCCAAGGAGCAAGUGAGACCCAAGCAACUUCCAUGUUAGAGGAGUAAACUGGAAACCGGGCCCUUACUGGAAAGGAUUUUAACACUGGCACACCCAGCAUUUUGCAGCUCUGAAGCGACAGCUUGUGACCUGUAUCCAGCUUCCAGCUGUCCCAGCAGGAACAGCUGCUGCUCUGCUUGCUCCGAGUGAGGGCUGGGACUGUUGCUGGUGUGCAGAGCAGGACGGCUCUCAGCAGCUCCUCUGAAAUCAUGUGAGAUUGUCACAAAUGAGCAGGGAACUGGCAGAAAACCCUUCAGAAUACAGGUCUGGCGACUACAGUGGCAUCUGGCAAGGUCAGAGUGAGACUGCGCUCGCUGCCAGCUGUGUCGGUGCUCGCCUCUUUCCUGGCAUCUCAGACUCCAGCAAGUAUCUCUGCCUCCAAGUACUGGAUGUUUUACGCUUGUAAUGCUGCAAUGUUCAAGGCACAUUUGUUCAGGUACCACUCGUAAUGCUGGAGCGUAGGCUGACACCUGAAUGUUUGGACUAGGGGGAGUGGAGGGCUGUUUUUCUGCUGUUAAUUUUGUUCCACACAAUAAUAAAAACUUGAACAUCUGUA